GUCCGCAGUCUGUGUGUGUUCGCCCUGACGAGUAGACUUGUCUACAGCGUGCCGCUCGCGGCCGCUCGCGGCCGCUCGCUAUCAUUAAAACUUUACCGGAAUGAGCUAUUCGUUGAACCCCUGUCGCUUUGCCGCGGCCGCGCCGAUCUUUUGAGCCCUCCCCCCACUCCAACCCUUCUACCCGGCCGCGUACCAGAGUCUCCUGUCGCCCGCCAACCCGUCUCGUCGGACUGUAGAGCCAGUGAAGUGAACUGUGUUAAAGGAUAUUUUGUGUUUUGUGCAUGUCACGUGCGUGCACAAAGUGUGUAUGUGGGAACGGAACAUUUGUUCCGUCGUCCGCCGUUCGGUGAAGGGAGGUCUCCCCACCCUCCCUCACGCUUUCCGAGGCGCUGCUACUUUUCUUCUCUCAUCUGCUGUUUCUUCAUUGUUGGUAGCUGAUUGGAAAUGGCGUACAAUUCGAACAUCGUCUUUUUUGACGUAGAGACGUCCGGCGGGAACAAGCAAAACUGUGAAAUACUGCAGUAUGAGAAAGUCUACCUGACCGCGUACAAUGGCGUGUGUAUGGAUUUUCCCCUGCUCUAUCGCGACUGCCGGCGAAACAACUUGGAGGACCGUCUUUUCGACGUUGUCGCCGGGUCCAGUGACACCCUGGCUGUGUUGCGGGAGAAGUUUCAGCAGGGGUCUCUCCCGUCCUUGAAAAAUCUGGCUCAACAAUAUGACGUGCCUGUCAAUAGUGCUCACGAUGCCUCCGGCGACGUUGCUACUUUGCAGGGACUCUGCUACAGACUGAAUGUAACCGCUAAUGAAAUUGUUCGACACGCCAAGCACUAUUAGUCGAUUGCUGUCGAAAAGAGUGUAUUGGUUUCAUGAAAGAAGAUUGCGUUCACCAUUGAAUGUUUGUUUUGGAAUCUAGCAAUCUACACCUUGUUUCCUUGUACGUUUUCAAUUUUCUACUUUUUUACUAUUUGUUUUAGUUUAAACAGUUCAUUUUUCUCACGUAUUAUCAGCGUAUUUCAUUUUGCUGAAUAAUUUAGUCAAAGCAUGUCAGGCUAUUUACGUAAUUGUACCACCUCCAGUCAUGUAAAGGUUCAUGGCUCUUAAUAUUGUGUUAAGCGCAUGCAACAGCGAUUGAUUGGAACAUUGCAGCAUUCCGUUCAAUAAAUAUUUGAAUAAUUCAAAACUUA